AACACCAGCUGGAGGGCAUAUACGUCGAUUCAACGCACCUGUUGUUGACGACGUGGCUGGAAUCAUGGUUGGCGACCAUAGAGCUACGCGACAAAUCGUGAUUCGAAGAAGAAAUAAUUCUCUUCAGUCCAUUCCUGAUACCCAUCGUUUAUAUGAUGCUCUCCAAUAUCCACUCAUUUUUUGGAAGGGACAAGACGGAUAUUGCAUAAACCUUAAGCAACGAGAUCCGGUAACAGGAACCGAAACAAACAAGAAUAUUAGCUCAAAGGAUUUCUAUUCGUUUCGGUUGAUGAUUAGACGUGGUCAGGAUAAUAUCAUUCUACGAUGUCGUGAGCUUUGCCAACAAUUUAUGGUCGAUAUGUACGUCAAGAUAGAGAGUGAACGACUACGAUACUUGCGAUUUAACCAACAGAAGCUGCGUGCGGAUGAAUACAUUCACUUGCGAGAUGCUAUUGCCAGCAACGCUGAUACUGCCGAAAUCGGUAACUCUGUCAUCCUACCAUCAUUGUUUUGUAUUAUUAUAUUAUGUUCAUCAAAGCAUAAAUUAGUUCAGCUAAAAGGUAACACGAAAUUCUUUGACUGUUAGGCGUUACGAAGUUCGCCGGGU